AUGGCGUCGGCGAAAAAACGAGUGGAAAUGGCGAUGGCAUCGAAAGCGAAACUGCAAACAACAACGAUGGCGAGUACUCCGCAUGUACAGAUUAACACGCAUGUUGAUGAUCCGCAGAAGUCACUGGAAGAGCUCUUUACGGAAGGCAUGCGGACACACGGCAAGCAUUUUGAACGCAAGAAGUCCAGUGUACCAGCAUCAUUUAAUCAGCGACCGGUAUCAUCACUGAAACCACAUGUUUCUUCCGCAGAAGGAUCAAGUGAUGAUGGGCUUGGCUCCAGUGGACGGCAAACUCUAAGUCCAAGUUCGAUUUCAUCCACACAACUCAAUACAUCUUACCAAGGACCUUAUCAUCCCAGGCAAAGUUCUGCGCCUGCUCUAAUCAAUUACGAAGAUAACAUUGAUCAUCACUCCAGUCGCUUGCCUUCUAGUGUAGCGCAUGCACCUUCCAAGUCGUUAAGUGUUAUGGCAGUAUCUAAUGUUGGUGAACAAUAUCAAGUUGCAUCUCAUCGUGCUGCGAAAAGUUGUGAUUUGGAUUGCGAGCCUAGCAAACAUUUCGAACAAAAUUACGCACCCCAAGGGCAACCUUAUUUUGUCGAUAAUGCAACAGAAGUAACUUACUGGAAUGAACCACGCGCUAAAAGUCAGUCGUUGGAUCCAAUGACUUUGGUAACCAACGAAAGUUCGAUGAUAGAACGGCAGCAACAGCAGCAGCAACAGCAGCAGCAGCAACAACAACAACAACAGUCUAUUUUGCAGCCUACGGCUCCUGUGUCGCAGACUGAACCGGACGAUGGUUUGGGACCCUUACCAGAUGGAUGGGCAAAACGUUAUGAUCAGAAUGGUGAAGCUUACUUUAUAGAUCAUAACAGCCGUGAAACAACCUGGUAUGAUCCCAGAAUACCACCAGAAUUGCAACAAGAACGCAUAUGGCAAAGGCAUGGAUGUACAAGACAGAAUUCUAGCCAAGUUAGGAGGAACGUUUACGAAGUACCGCAGGAUGAUUCAUCAGUUCGAAGGCAGCAGUUACAAAUGGAACGACGCGGUAUGCAAGAGCGUCAGCAACAGCUUUACAGACAGGGCUGGAUUGGACCACCGUGGCAGACCCCUCAACAGCAGCAAACUCCAGCAGUACCUUCUAUAGUACAGCAGCAAUCUGAAAUUCCUGCGGUGCAGAAAAAUUCAAAAUUCGUUUCUGGCUAUAAUGAAUACUAUAUGUCUGGUCAAACAGUUGGCAAUGAUUUUCUCGGGAGAACUCCGUACUAUGCUCAUAAUAGGAACGUAUCGAAUGAUUCAGCUGUAGACAAUACGAUGGAAAUCGAUUACGUAAGCGUAGGUACCGUUAAUAUGGUUCCAUUACAAAGUCCUCAUGAAAUUGACCCGAAUCUUGUGAGAGAAUUAAACGCACAAGAUUUGAAUCCACGUGAUUUCGAUCAAUAUCUUCAGUUAAACGAUAAUCGUUCAUCAGCAACCGUUGCUAAACCGUAUAUGUGA